GUGGGGGGGUUCCCCUGUCCCCAUAGGUUGCGGAGAAGUUUGGGGGCCCAAUUGAGGGGAUUCAUAAGCCCUGAAAUUUCUCCCAGCCCUACAUCUGUCACUCGCCAGGGUGGGAGGAGGGGACAGGCCCUAGGCCUCAGUGUCUGGCUCCCGACCACAGUGUGACCUCUUUUUAAACCCGGAAAGAAGAGGGCCUGCGUGCGCCCCAGAAUCGUUCCUGUCAACCACAGGAUGGCCCCCGGCGGCGGCGGCACUCUGACCACACUGUCGUAGCAGAUACACACAGUGUCCCAGCCUCCCUUGGACUUUCUCAAACUCUACCCUUCCCCCCACCCUCUGCUGAGAGGCAAUGCUGGAGAUCCUGGGGAGAUCUGGCCCCGGGCUGGCCGGGAAGACCAAGGUGGACACAGACAUUCUUGGCCUUGUGGAUUCCGGUCAGGCAGAGAGGCUGCUGGAGGCGGAGAUGUGCGAUGCCGGGGCUUUGCGGGAUGUAUAGGAGUUCGGCUAUUUUUCUCGGAGAGAGAAAGAAGGCAUUGGAAGGAGACCAUCCUCUUGGACCUUGGCUUUCCAGCGGACGCAAGGAGCGUGAGCAGUGAGGGGCCAGAUCUCGCGGGAGGGGUGGGUGUGGCCUUCCAGUUUGAGGAGCAGCCACGAAAUCGCGUGGGUGCCCGAGUGCGGAGACUGAGGCGCUACAGGGACGAAGGAUGGGCUCGAGGUCACCACCCGGGUGGUCGAACCCAGGCAACCUCCUUCCCAGUCCCGGGCUCUCGCCAGCUCCGUCAUCGCGACCGGCGUCGGCCCCAGGCUUUGGGGGGGUCCCGGCUCUCAGCGACCCCAGCGCAGGACUACGUUUCCCAGGCUGCCGCGGGGGGCGCGCCUGCGCGCUGCGGCCAGUGAUGGAGCGCUGACGGGGGGCGCGGCGGCGGCGGCGGCGGCGGGGAGGGCUCGGCGGGCCAUUGGCUCGUGGUCGCGGCAAAGGCGGCUUGCGGACCAGAAGAGCGAGCGGGGCCCGCGGGCCGGGCCGGGGACGACCUGGGCCGCGGCCAUGGAGGACCAGAGGGAGGCUCUGCGGAAGAUCAUCACCACGCUGGCUGUGAAGAAUGAAGAGAUUCAAAGCUUCAUCUACUCCCUCAAGCAAAUGCUGCUGAACGUGGAGGCCAACUCCACCAAGGUACAGGAAGACCUGGAGGCAGAGUUCCAAUCCCUCUUCUCCCUCCUGGAGGAGCUGAAGGAGGGCAUGUUGAUGAAGAUCAAGCAGGACCGUGCCAGCCGCACCUACGAGCUGCAGAACCAGCUGGCUGCCUGCACGCGGGCCCUGGAGAGCUCAGAGGAGCUUCUGGAGACGGCCAACCAGACCCUGCAGGCCACGGACAGCGAGGACUUCCCUCAGGCUGCCAAGCAAAUCAAAGAUGGUGUGACGAUGGCGCCUGCCUUCCGGCUGUCAUUGAAGGCCAAGGUCAGCGACAACAUGAGUCACCUCAUGGUGGACUUUGCACAGGAGCGCCGGAUGCUACAGGCACUCAAGUUCCUACCUGUGCCCAGCGCCCCUGUGAUUGACCUGGCCGAGUCCCUGGUGGCAGACAACUGCGUGACCUUGGUGUGGCGCAUGCCGGACGAGGACAGCAAGAUCGACCACUACGUGCUGGAGUACAGGCGGACCAACUUCGAGGGCCCGCCCCGCCUCAAGGAGGAGCAGCCGUGGAUGGUCAUCGAGGGCAUCCGGCAGACGGAGUACACCCUGACCGGUCUCAAGUUUGACAUGAAAUACAUGAAUUUCCGUGUGAAGGCCUGUAAUAAGGCAGUUGCAGGCGAGUUCUCCGAGUCGGUGACCCUGGAGACACCAGCGUUCAUGUUCCGCCUGGACGCGUCCACAUCUCACCAGAACCUGCGGGUGGAUGAUCUCUCCGUGGAGUGGGACGCCAUGGGCGGGAAGGUGCAGGACAUCAAGGCCCGCGAGAAGGACGGCAAGGGGCGCACGGCGUCUCCCGUCAACUCCCCCGCCAGAGGCGUGCCGUCUCCCAAGAGGAUGCCCUCCGGUCGUGGGGGCCGGGAUCGCUUCACGGCCGAGUCCUACACAGUGCUGGGGGACACGCUGAUCGACGGCGGGGAGCAUUACUGGGAGGUGCGCUUCGAGCCGGACAGCAAGGCGUUCGGCGUGGGGGUGGCGUACCGCAGCCUGGGCCGCUUCGAGCAGCUGGGCAAGACGGCCGCGUCCUGGUGCCUGCACGUCAACAACUGGUUGCAGGCCAGCUUCACCGCCAAGCACGCCAACAAGGCCAAGGUGCUGGACGCCCCCGUGCCCGACUGCCUGGGCGUGCACUGUGACUUCCACCAAGGCCUCCUGUCCUUCUACAACGCCCGGACCAAACAGCUGCUGCACACUUUCAAGGCCAAGUUCACACAGCCACUGCUGCCCGCUUUCACGGUAAGGACCCUUCCGUGGCGGGGAUCGGGGUGGGGCGGGGUGCCGCCGGGUGCCGGCUUUGCUCCUGAGCCCGCCUGCCCCCCUCCCCCUGUGCCCCAGGUGUGGUGCGGUAGUUUCCAGGUGACGACCGGCCUGCAGGUCCCCAGCUCCGUGCGCUGCCUGCAGAAGCGGGGCAGUGCCACCAGCAGCUCUAACACUAGCCUCACCUAGGCCCCUGGACCGCCCACCCCGCCCGGCUGAUCCAGAGGGGGGCCCUCCCAGGCCUCGGUUGUUUCAGCCAGCACCCUCUCCUCUCUUGCUGCUUGGAGCCUUAACUCCUGCGGGGGUCACCACUGGGGAGCGGCGGGCCCCGGGGCGGGCCCUCCUCCCCACCUCGCGUCCUAAUAAAGGUCAAUCACUGGC